GCCCGCAAGUAGGUUACACAUUUUUUCCAGCUACGCCAGUUGGCCGAGGAAAACAAACAACAAGUCUCUCAACCGUCCAGCUCAUCCGAUCCAAGCAUCCAGGAUUUGCAGAAACUUUGCUAGCAUCCGUAGGUUAAGUGACUCCGACGGCUGCGAUAACAUGGAGUACAAAAUGAUCGGACCGGAGCACAGUGGCCAAGUGUUGGAGCACCUGCGUCGCAACUUCUUUGCCGACGAGCCGCUGAACAAGGCCGCUGGCUUAUGCCAAAACGGAAGCAGUUGCUCCGCUUUAGAGGAUCACUGUGCGGAGGCCAUAAAGGAUCGUAUGAGCGUGAUGGCUGUGGAUGUGAAGGAUGAGGGAACCUGUAAAAUAGCCGGCGUUGUCCUAAAUGGCAUAUUGAAACCAAGAGACACGGCCAAAGCGCUGGACAAACUGGGCUCCAAUGGCGAUGAAGAUUUCCAGAAGAUCUUCAAGCUCCUACACUGUCACAAUAUCAAGCACAAUCUCUUCGAGCACUUCGAUGUUGACAGCGUAUUUGAUGUGCGCAUUCUAUCGGUGGAUUCUUCCUAUCGCGGUCAGGGAAUUGCCAAUGAGCUGGUCAAGCGAUCUGUGGCGGUGGCCAAAAAAAAUGGGUUCCGUCUGCUGAAAGCCGAUGCCACUGGUAUCUUCUCCCAAAAAAUCUUCCGCUCACAUGGAUUCAUUGUCUUCUCUGAGCAACCUUACGACAAAUACACAGAUGAAAAUGGCAAGGUGAUCUUGCCCGUAGAGUCGCCCCACAUCAAGUUGCAGCAGCUCUACAAAACAAUCUGUGGAAAUGACCAGGAUAACAAGGAGCCGGCCCAUUAAGAAGGCGACCUGCAGGCUCAAAUUCAGAACAAUAAUGUUUUUAUUUUCUACAUACAAGCAUAGUUUUCUGGAAUGCAUUCUUAAAACAAAUAUGGAACUUAGUUAGGUAUACGGAAUACGAAAAAUAAGCUAAGGACAAUUUCAAGCAAUUCUGAUCCCUUAAACUAAUUCUUAUUGGCAAACAUUUCUUUAACAAUAUAUAUUUAAGUUAGUUUUAAAGUUUCAAAUGAAAAGCAAGUUCUGUUCAGUGCGAUUUUCCUUUUAAGUUCCACUUUCAAAAUAUCUAUCGGAAAUAUGAGUCCAAAUUAGGAUUCUCCGGAAAAGUUACCUUACAAAAAUGAUCAUAAUACUUUACAUUGCAUUAUUAGAGCCUGGGCCCAAAUGCACAGAUGCUGGGCUAACCUUUAGAUUUUGUUUGGAAUAAUAUUGCACUACAUAAAGUAUACUAAACAAAUAUGAGGGGAAAUGAACUAAGAAAUAUCCCUAGAUUACUUUUCGUUGACAGUUUGCCUACAUAGUGUGGGCAGCUGCCUGGCUAGUUACCAUAAACGUAAUUGUUUUUUAUGGGGACCAACUGCUAACAAUACCUAAAUAAAGUACACUGUUGUGCCAAAGUUAA